UUGAGUGAGUGACUCCAAACACAUCCAAGUGGCAACCGCAUCCCCUAACUUUCCGACACAUCUCCCAAGUCUUUACUUCUCUCCUCCACCGUUUCGCCACCGUCCCCUGACAAUAAUGUCUCUUUCUCUCUCCGCUGCAUCUCACUCACUCUCCUCUCCAACCAGAAUCUCUCUUUCUCCCGCCACCACCGUCUCCUCGUUCUCUUCUUCUUCGCCUCCUCUCGUUUCUUUCUCUUCCUCACAUUCUCUCUCUUCUCUCCGGAGCGUCGCUUCCUCCUCUCUGUUCCCUCAUUCCCCAUCCCUCCUUCGGAGAAAACAUCCGUACAGAGCUUCUUGUAACACGGUUGUACUUCCCACGUGUGCUGCUGCAUCUGACGCAGCUCAACUGAAAAGUGCUAAAGAAGACAUCAAAGUCCUUCUUCGUACAAAGUUUUGUCAUCCCAUUCUCGUUAGGUUGGGAUGGCACGAUGCUGGAACGUAUAACAAGAACAUCGAGGCAUGGCCACAGAGAGGUGGAGCUAAUGGAAGUCUUAGGUUCGAGCCUGAGCUUAAGCAUGCCGCAAAUGCUGGUCUUAUUAAUGCUUUAAAGCUCAUUGAACCAAUCAAAGAAAAGUACUCUAACAUCUCUUACGCCGACUUGUUCCAGUUAGCUAGUGCCACUGCUGUUGAGGAGGCUGGUGGUCCUGAAAUACCGAUGAAGUAUGGGAGAGUUGAUGCGUCAGCGCCUGAUCAGUGUCCAGAAGAAGGAAGACUCCCUGAUGCUGGACCACCUUCACCAGCUGAUCAUUUGAGAGAUGUGUUCUACAGAAUGGGACUAACUGAUAAGGAAAUAGUUGCUUUGUCUGGUGCACACACCCUAGGUCGAUCCAGACCAGACCGUAGCGGCUGGGGCAAACCUGAGACAAAGUACACGAAAGCUGGACCUGGAGAGCCUGGAGGACAGUCAUGGACAGUGAAAUGGCUCAAGUUUGACAAUUCCUACUUCAAGGAUAUCAAAGAAAAGAGGGACGAAGAUCUUCUGGUUUUACCCACUGACGCAGCUCUAUUUGAAGAUCCUUCCUUCAAGAACUAUGCAGAGAAAUAUGCUGAAGAUCCAGCUGCAUUCUUCAAAGACUACGCUGAAGCUCAUGCCAAACUCAGCAAUCUUGGUGCAAAGUUUGAUCCUCCUGAGGGGAUCAUCAUUGACAAUGGCUCUGCACAAGGAGAGAAGUUCGUAGCUGCUAAAUACUCCACUCAAAAGAAAGAGCUCUCUGAUUCGAUGAAGAAGAAGAUAAGAGCAGAGUAUGAAGCAAUUGGAGGAAGUCCAGAUAAACCAUUACCCACUAACUACUUCCUCAACAUCAUAAUUGCCAUCAGUGUUUUUGUCCUCUUGUUCACUUUCUUGGGUAAUAACAACUCCUCUGAUUACUCUGGUUUCUAGUUGUAAAACAUUGGUUUACAACAUCAUCAAUUCAUAACUAUGCAAUGGUCAUAUAAUCUUUGGAAACGAACACAUCAUUGUAAUAAUUUUGUGAGAGACUAGAGACAACUACAAAGCAUAGCUCUCUUUGAUUAGGCUACGGUUGUGCUUCUUUCUACAAGUAAGUAAGAUUAUUGUUUUGUUUAAUUAA